UGAGCAUUUGUAGUUCUGGAUGCACAGUCAUUGUUCUGUACUGUUUAUGACAUUCGCAGUGUUUGCAGCGCGUCAUCAAUUUCGUGUUUGUCAUUUGUGUAAAGUGAUUAUUAAUAUACGUAAAUUUAAUAACAUUAAAAUGAGUUUUGGCUUACCAUCAGUUAUUCCUAAACCUACUGUACCAGAAAAAUUUGACAUUCAAGAAGGAAGUAGCUAUGGAAUAUCUAAUCCUAUGAUAUCAGGUUUAUCAGCAAUCAAACAGAAUAUUGGUUAUACACAUCCACUGCAAGCUUCAGAAAAGAAUUAUCAAAAGAACCAAGAUCGUAUGGACAUGGUAUUACUUAGGAACAGUCAAGGAUUACAUGCACCAUUACGUUUUGCAAUGGAAUUAAAAGCAGCUGAGAAAAUUGGAAGGCUUCCAUUCUUACCGUCAUCUAACGUGAUGCGAGAUAUUCUGCUUGGAAGAGACCAAGAUAUAGGAUUUCAAGAUAUCUUCAAUAUUCCUGAAUUCAGAGAACAAAUGGGAGAACCACAUGCUGUUGUAGAAAGUCACUUUGGAAUAUUAUAAAAAGUAAGCUCACAAGAAUUUCUUUUCAAGAGAAACACAAAUUUAUGAUAUAACUUGUUUGCUAAUUAAGAAAAAUAAAUAUAGUAACUUUUGAGUUCAACACAUA